AUGAAGCUGGAAGCCCCGCCUUCUGCCGCCGGCUCGCAGCUGGAGUUCGUGGUCGCCACGGAGAAGGAGUUCGAGGAGGUCCUGGCCAUGUCGCAGGGCAUCUACGGGGGCCUCGACUAUCUCCCCAGCCGCUACCAUGCCUGGAUCCACGAGCCCAACCGCACCGUCGUGCUGGCCAAGAGGAAUGGCGCCGUGAUCGGGCUCCAGUCCGUGUGCGUCGUGGACGCGGGCGAGACGGCGCUGGUGGAGGGGCUGCGCGUGGCGCCGUGGGAGCGCGGCAAGGGCGUGGCGGGGCUGCUGCAGCGCUUCUGCGCCCAGAUGCUGCGGGAGGCGCACCCCGCCGUGCGGGUGCUGCGCCUGACGCGCGACGACCAGCUGGGCCCCCGGGACCUCGCCAAGUACCGCGUCAUCGCCAAGCAGGGCAUCCUGCUGGUGCGCUUCCAUGCGCAGGAGCUCCUUUCCCGGCUGGACUCCACGCUGGCGGCCCUGGCGGAGGGCGGCCUCUGCCUGGAGCCCUCGGAGCUCCUUGUGGGGAGCGAGGUGCCCGAGGUGGUCCUGUCGGAGGCCUUCCGGAGCGAGGUGCUGCCCAACCAGACCAUCAUCCAGGACUGGCAGCCUUUCAAGGCCACCGAGAGCAACCUCGGCCUGCUGCAGGAGAAGGACCUCUGCUGGGUGGUCGACAGCAAGCUGCGGCCCACUGUGGCCACGCUCAGCACCCGGCCCUUCCGCAUCCCGCUGGGCGAAGGCUGGUUCUACCUGAACAUCGACGUCUUUGGAGGCAAGCUGGCCCACAUCCAGAGCCAGCUGGUCCGGCAUCUCCGCCUCCAGGUGCCCGCCCUGCAGGGCGGCGUGAUGUGCCAGCUCUUCCUGCAGCCCACCCUGUGGCUCGAGAUGGCCGCCUUCUGCCAGUCGGCGCUGGGCCUGGAGCUGGCAAAGGACUACACGGAGCAGUACCUGCUGGAGUCCGACAUCUAG